AUGCUUACACCCACUCACCACAGCACACCUCUAUUGCAGCACACCUCUAUUGCAGCACACCUCUAUUGCAGCACACCUCUAUUGCAGCACACCUCUAUUGCAGCACACCUCUAUUGCAGCACACCUCUAUUGCAGCACACCUCUAUUGCAGCACACCUCUAUUGCAGCACACCUCUAUUGCAGCACACCUCUAUUGCAGCACACCUCUAUUGCAGCACACCUCUAUUGCAGCACACCUCUAUUGCAGCACACCUCUAUUGCAGCACACCUCUAUUGCAGCACACCUCUAUUGCAGCACACCUCUAUUGCAGCACACCUCUAUUGCAGCACACCUCUAUUGCAGCACACCUCUAUUGCAGCACACCUCUAUUGCAGCACACCUCUAUUGCAGCACACCUCUAUUGCAGCACACCUCUAUUGCAGCACACCUCUAUUGCAGCACACCUCUAUUGCAGCACACCUCUAUUGCAGCACACCUCUAUUGCAGCACACCUCUAUUGCAGCACACCUCUAUUGCAGCACACCUCUAUUCCAGCACACCUCUAUUGCAGCACACCCAUCCCUUCUAACCACACUCAGCCUAGUGAUCCUUCUGCCUCGACCUCGGAGGCGCAAUGGCUGGAGGAGGAUAGUACGCAUGUUGUUUUCAAGCAUUUCAAGGUUCCCAUCCGUCCCGACACACUCGGGACUGUCCGCGUUUGCAAGUAUUGCUCCAAGGAGUUCAAGGGUGGUGCGUUUCGAUGCGCUCAGCAUCUCGCGAAAUGGAAGGGACAGCGCUCUCGCGACGUCCGCUUGUGCGCUAAGGUUCCGCCCGACGUGCGAGCGGCGGUGGCCACGCAUUACGGGAAGAAGGCGUCCAACCGCGACGAAAAACGGCGGGCCGAGGAUGCUGCGCUCAAUGCUGUCGUGGGAGGUGCGAAGAGAGGACGCAUCACCGACUUCAUUGGCGACGAGGCGCAGUGCAAGAAGGGCGAGGCGGACUACGCCGUCAGUUUGUUCUUCGCCGGCUGUCGCAUUCCCGAACACCACGCAGACAAUUUGUUGUGGCGCAACAUGGUCAGGGCCAUUAACAAUGCACCCCAUGGUUACCUUGCGCCGCGACGGAAAUACGUGGGAGGAGCUGGGCUGAAGCAAUGCCGCACGAGCAUCGAGAAGGGGCUUCAGCCAAUCGCCGCGAGCUGGAAGAGGGAUGGCGUCACCGUCUCCUCCGACUUGAUGACCGAUCGGUGUGGGAGACCGCAGGCGAACGUCAUGCUGGUCAACGAUUCGGGAGCGGUGUUCGUGGAGGCUAUCGACUGCAACAUGGAGUCCAAAACCGGCGGCUACAUCGCGUCGCUCCUCCGCCCCAUCAUCGAGAAAGUGGGGCCUGAAAACGUGGUCGCUCUUUGCAUGGACGGCGGCUCCAACUACGGUGCCGCCUGCAAGGUGCUGAUGGCGGAUUGGCCCCACAUCGAGUUCGUGCCUUACGCUACGCACGUGCUCGACCUCCUGAUGGAGGACGUGGGCAACCUCACGUGGUGCAAGGACAUUGUGGAUCUGUGCGGGGACAUGAUCACCUACGUCCGCAACCACCAUUUCACCCGCAACUACCUGAGGAGUAAGAAGCUGCGGUCCACGCUGUCGCAGAUGGUGCUGAGCGAGGAGUUCGCCAACUGGUCGGCGGGGGCUAGGAAGCAGACGGCAGAUACGUUCCGCGGCCAAGUCAUGGACGAUGCCUGGUGGAAGAACGCUUCGUACCUGGCGGAGCUGUUGGCGAUUCCAUUCAAGGUGAUGCGGGCCACGGACAGCUGCGCCAAAGGGAUGAUGGGGACUAUCUAUGACCUAAUGCUCCAGCUGACCGAAGACGUGAACGACAAGCUAGAAGCGGGGGAGCAGAUUCUGCCGCGGGCGGUUGCGACUGACAUCGGGAAGAUUGUUAGGCGCCGUUGGGACGAGAGCCUUGCAUGCGCUCUUCACGUCGUGGGGCGGAUCCUCAACCCGGGAAAUCAUGCAGAGGGUAUUUUCCGCAACGACAUGGAAUGUACCCGCAUCUUCAAGGCCUUCAUCGCACGUCACUACGACGGUAAGACGUUCACCAACAAGGAUGGUGAGGAGAGGCGUGCCUCUCUUGUUUUGCAGGAGGGGCUCACGGCCUUCCUCACCCUUGAAGGUUCCUUCGGCCUUCCUGAGGCAAUUGCCGACAGAGAGGCCGUGAAGGCAGGCAAGCAGUCGAUGGUGGCGUGGUGGGCAUGGCACGGGACUGACCACCCCCACCUGGCCAGCCUUGCGUGCCGUGCCCUGACACAGCCGGUGUCGGCGUCGCCGUGUGAGCGCGGGUGGGCAUCGUUCGAAUCGGUGCACACUGCCCGCCGCAACAGGCUAGGCUCGGAGAAGCUCCGAGACCUAGUUUUUGUGACCCACAACUGGCGUGUGGUCCACAAGUACCACAAGAUGGGUGAGUCACUGGCGGUGCUUCCGGGCAACAUACCUGAACCCGCUCUGCCGGAGGGAUACAACGAGGAGGAGGAAGGGGAGGAGGAGGAGGAGGGGGAGGGGGAUGAAGCCGUGCUGGCCGAUGAGUACGUGAAGUAA